UGUGGACACAUUUUUUUUGGCCGAUGUACACUGUCCUGUUUAUUUUCUAGGUCCAUGGAUGUAUCACAAAUUUACACAAAUACAAAACUGAUUUUUGCGCAAUUUAGACGAAAAUUGCGUUUUCUUUGAUUAUACAUUGGCCAUGUAGGCUUAUUUUGCAAGGAAUUUUUAGUAGUAGUGUUUUUUUGAUAGGCGUACGAUAAUUUUUUCACCGGUACGAUAAUUUUGACACUCAAAUAGUGUUGCCAGACAUACGAUUAUUGUCGUACACGUACGAUAAUUUGGGCUAUGGUACGAUGUACGUUCCAAAGAUAAUUAUUAUACGCAAAAGUACGAUAAUUUCAGCCCUUAGAAGAUGCCACCAAAAAAGUCUAGUUUUUGAAGCAAAAUAUGACGCUUUCCUUGAGAAAUAGGCUACAAUUAGCACCUUUUGGGAGUUCGGCUUUGUUUUCGACAAAAAUGUCGAAAUUUCAUGUAAAUAGUUUGGAUCUAUCACAAAAAUAUAAACAUAUAAAGCUGAUUUUUGCGCAAUUUAAACGAAAAUUGCGUUUUUGUUUGAUUAUACAUUGAAGUAGUGCAUUUUUGAUAGGCGUACGAUAAUUUUGAUACUAAAGUACGAUAAUUGUCUUUCGCUCACCUGGCAACACUGCUCAAAAAUAUAAUAAUUCUCUUCCGCUCACAUGGCAACACUGUGGUAAACGUCGCCCGACAUCGACAGCAACAGGGACGCGUACACUUGUGAAAUAAACAAAUAUAUUCGAUGUAAUAACUCAUUUCUGAUUUAAUUGUGUGCUAAAAUAGAUAGUAUUGGGGAAAUAGUGCUGAAAUGAAGGCGGAUGAUUCGAAGGAGUACCUGUACGCAGUGGUCAAAUUCUUAGAGCUACCUGGAGCAGAUGUUGGUGAUUAUGUUUGUAUACCUCGCUCUUGGAUACAAAUGCGGACAGGGCGGAAAAUUACAGUUGCAUAUCCCAGUGAACAGCCGUCGAUAACUAAGAAACGUAUUAAAGCCGGUGAAAAUCCAUUGAGAAAUUGGAAAUGCUACAUGGCUGUUGUGAAAUUCGAAGCAUAUACUUACAAAAAAGCUAUGAAAUUUAUCAUGGAAAAGAAAUGUAACACCCCUACGUCUGGCGUAUGUCCAUCUGUAAUCGACAAUGCAACAAAAAACAACUGUUCGACGAAACGUGCUCGCCAGACAGAAAGAAAUGUAAAAAAACUUAAAGUGGCUGACAAAGACGAGGUUGCUGAGAGUUCCCUUGGCUGCGAAAGAGGCGUAAGAGAGCCCUCUCGCACUGUACAGGAUCCUUUUGCUUCCCUAAGAAACUUGUUUCCUGAUUUUCCAGGGCCACUGGGAAUCCAACUACCACCAGGUUUCCCAAAUCGGGUUCUGUCCCUAAUUACGAAAAUGCCAAGCCAACACAAUCAGAUUUCAACAUGUUCACCAGUUCGUCAAGAUGAUGCACAAGUUCUGCCCAAUAGGGAUGUCUCUAUUGAUCAGUCUCUGGCAGCAGGUCGUACCAACUACGCACCAAAGCAAAAUGCAAUUUCAGCAAAACAAAAUGAGUCCAGCCAACUUGAUGAUGGCAGGGACUCUCAGCGGGAUUUAGACGUGCAAUCAAGAUUCGUUGAUGGAACGUCUGAGGCGAGUAUGGAGCUGGAUGACCAAAGUCCAGGUAGUGAAUCCUCUGCUGACGCCAGCUAUCCAGAGGACGCAGGCCAGGCAACUGGGAGUACAAUAGAAGACAGGUCGCUGACUAUUGACAAGGCUGCUACAGGUGACGUGUCGUCGACGCAAGAUGCUGAUGACGAUGAGGAUGAUGAUGAUAAUGGAAGCAGUACACCAGGAGUAAGUACAGAAGAGACUUUAGGAGGUAACCAACAAGCAGACCAAUUAAUUGAGUCUGUAAUGAACAGUCGGGCGGAUCAAUUGAUUAAACUGCUUAAAAUAAUGAAAGUCGAUUUCUCGCGGUCGUCUGACACGGCUUAUGAAAUGCACAAAUCGUUUGCUAGAACUGUCAAAAUGAUUGAGUUGAUAGAGAAGGCAUCCAACAGUAUACGACUAGAGGAAAUAAAUAAAAUCGCUCUGGUACGACCGAAUAAGCGGAUAGCGGAUGUUAAAAAAGUGGCAGAAAACCAGGAUUCAGAUUUGGAUGAAGGUGAUGAAGAUGAGGGCGAAAGCAGUAACAAUGUUAGGAAUGAAGGCCAAGACGGUAAUGAAAAUAAAGAUAAGGGAGCCUCCAGCAGAACCUGUGAGUUCCCACGUAGCUUCGUUUUACCACCAGAAUACGAUCCAAAUGACAGUCGAUGGACAUUAAAGUAUCACAAUAAAGAUUCGGCACCCAGUCUUGUUGAACUCGUCCCUGAAAGCAACGUGUUUGUUGAUUCCAUACAGCUAUCACACUGCAAGCGGGUGGCUAAGGAUUCUAAGGCGUUGGCUCGACUGUUAUUGGCAGAAAUAUUCAGGGAGAGUGCGCUGAGUGUUUGCUCAUUAACAGGCGCAAGAGCGAACGCGUUUUAUAACGACGAGUCGGAUGUUAGGCCAGGGUUAGAUGAGAACGCGAGAGUGGUUAUGUUGUCGUACGUUGAAGAUUAUACCAAAGAAAAAAAAUGGGGACCCUACAACGGACAGAGAGUUAUCAAUAGCUUACGGAGUAGACUUCAAGAAAUGAGAUAUAGGCGUUUUAAGACAAAGUGAUUUUGGUUUUGUAAGAUACUGUAGGUAUGAUUUUGCAUGAGUAUAUUGUAAUACAGAAUACUGUGGUAUAAUGGAUGGUGAUAAGCAAAAACGUCUCAUUUGAAAAACUCAAAUUGCCAUCCAAAUGUAUAAAAGAAUCAUUAUCAGCUAUUCUAAGUCAUAAUGAACAACUAUCUUUUUUUUAUCGUACCUAAACAUCAUGAUUGUGACUUGUGAUCAGUUAUGACAAUAUAACUUUGAACCUUGAACAAUUCCCGACGCGCGGUGACUCGCACAACUAUAAUACUAGGCGAAGAGGCGAACUACGUCCACCUUGUACUCGUCUAGCUAAAUCAAAAAAGUGUCUCCAUUCAAUAGGUCCUAAGAUAUACAACCAUUUACCCUUAGAGAUUAAAAGUGCGACUAGUAACAAAGGUUUCAUGAAUAAACUUAAGGCUAAGCUUAUGUCUGAGGCGUACUACUCUGUUGACGAAUUUUUCAACGGCGUGCACUCCUGAACUGGUUCACAAUCCCAAACUAGAAAUAUAAUAUAUUAAUUUAACUUGCCUUAUUUGAUAUAAUUAUAAGUACUGUAAACAGCGAAAGCUAGAAAUAACAAUAAAUAAAAACAACUGGAAUAAUAAUUGUACCCACCUGACAUACCUAACAUUAUAAUAGACUGAUGUUAUAUUAUGUAAGUUAGCUAAUAGUUCUAAAUAUGAAAAUUUGUAUUGACAUGUAAAACUAUGUUUUAUAAAGGAAUAAAUGAAUGAAUGAAUCGAAAUCCUUAACCUGAA